CGGCGCUGACGUUGAUGUUUAUGUUUAUGUGUAAUCUGAGAGGCAGAAAAUGGUCAUUUCUUAGACACUUUUCCAGGUCCGAUUGAUUAAUCAGCGAAUAUUGCAAACUAAUCAAAUUCAAGUGCCUUGGACCUAAAUCACUAUAACUUCGUUACUUGAAAAAUUUCCCUGUAAAUAAGUGAUGGCUUGAAAUGGUGGCGUUUCUGUAAACAAAACCUCACAUGGCGCUUCAGACGGUAGCCUAAAUCAAAUAAAGGGGCGAUUUUGUUGACUAUCCAAGUGAUAUAGUUGAGUAAAGCAAAUAGAAAAAUGAUCAAAGCAAUCUUUUUUUCCGAGUUUCAUCCUACGUUGGGGCCCAAAAUCAGUUACCAGGUUCCAGAGGAUUAUGUUUCCAAAGAAAUAUUUGAUGCAGUUAGUGUUUACAUCAUUCCUAAAGAGCAGCUGGACAGUUGUAUCAUUACAGUGAAUGUACUAGGGCACAAGAUAACAGGAUAUCCAGUGCGCAUUUCAGAUGAAAAAUACCCACGUAACUUUCUCAUUUUCAACUUGUGCUUUGUGUGUGACUCUGAUGCCAGAACAGUGCAGUAUGAGCUUGUAGUUAGGAAAUUAGCUGAGCAUUUGGUCACCCUGGAAGUUGAACAGAAUUUUUUAUCCACUGAAUCCAACAGGGCCAAGUUGCCCAAAAUUUUAGGUCAAAUUCUAAGUGAUCUCAAUCGGGGUGGCUUGUGCACAGUUACAGUUGGGACCUCAACACUGCACUUAAAAGUGAUCCAAGUAGCUGCUGAGCCACCCCUGGUAUUUGACCACCACGUUCCCGUGUUCACAUCAGAAUUUUCUCCUUUAAAACAAGACUAUUGGGACCUAACAACCAAACAGGUACUGCCAUACAUUGAUGGACGCAGCCAUGUCGCUAGAGUGGCAAUCGAGGCCGACGUGGACAUUGGUUUGGUCAAAGCCUGCAUUCAAAAUCUCUUAUAUUACGGCGUCGUCCAGCUCAUUCCCAUCUUCCAGUACAGCAACAUGUACGCCGCUACACCCAAACUCCGAGAACUGCCCAUGAAUUCAGAUUUGAGUCGAGAGUGCAUCGCUUUUGUUGCCAAAUCUGAUAGACAUCCUCCUUCCUUCCGAGAUGUUUUCCAAAUGUACUGUGGGAUGACUUACGGGACUACCAUAAGAGACCUGUGCUUGCGCUUCAAUCCGCACGCGCUUCGUAUCGACGAACAUCGGCUAGUCCAGUUUGGCGUCCUGCAGGGCAUCAUCCGCCGCAUUUGCAAGUAUCCGGUGUACAAACCGGAGACGCAGCGCGGAUCGCACAAGAAACAGAUGACCUCGUUGCAUCGGCUGUGCACUGGAGUGGCCUCUUACGACGAGAUCUGCUGCCGCACCGGACUGUCCUACCACGAACUGGACGACAAAAUCGAAGCCGAUGUCGACAUCUGCGUCCUGUGGAAGUGAAAUCCGUUCUCUCCGACCCCAUAUCUUUUUGUAUCAUUUGAUUUAAGUUUCAAUAAUAAAUUUUAUAAUGGCCA